CAUCAACAACGCGAAUACAGCUGUCCAUGCAAGACGCCACAGAUAUCGCCGACCUCGCAGGCACCCGCAGAUCAAAUUUGAAGGUGGCGAGAAUGUCCCGCGCACAACAGCGGUGCUGUGAAGGAAAAAGAGGAAAUGCUGCCAAAAUCUUGUGUUCCUUUUGUACUGUGGCAGUAGGUUUCCAUUCGCUCUACAUGCUGUGCCCGUAAGUGAUGGGUGCCGGAGCCUCUGCACCCUUAUUCUGUGCCAGACGUCGACAAAAAUCGGACUUCGCCUCGUUUCUAGCAAGCGGGCCCGAAGGCGAUGGUGCGCGCGAGAAGGGGCGUCAAGCGUCGAGUUUCAAGGACUUCAUAAGGAGCGUUGACGGCGAUGACAACGGAGAUGAAUCAACAAGACCGGAAGGUAGCGAUGUGGCAUCUAAGUAUGACGACGGGCUGACGACCAAGGGACCGCUGGUCACCAUCUUCAUCGGGACGGAGCAUGGUUUCACCUCUGAAGUGGCCGACCGGAUAGUGGAACUCAUAAAGGAAAAGACUGGCUACAGGUGCACGCACUGCUUUUUUUUCAGCCUUUGCCUGAUUUGACUGCUUCUUACUCUUGGUGUAUCAAAUGCGUAGGGUGUUGCAGAAGGACCUUUCCUCAUUCACCGAAGGGUCGAAGGCGACACUCAUGGGGAUGACCCGAAUGUCGGUGGCCCUUGUGAUGUGUUCAACCCACGGUCGGCCGUUUGAAACAGUCAGACCGUAUAUAAGGGAACGAUUCCAUUCCAUGAUGUUGUUUUGCAGGGGAUGGCGAUCCGCCCGAAGACGUCAAGCCUUUCUACGCGUUUUUGCAUUCUGCCGGCGCUCCUUCACUGGAAUCCUUGCGAUACUCUGUUCUUGCGAUGGGUGAGAGAGAGCUGGCCAUGUGGGCACCGCCGAUUCUGCCUGUGUGCAAACAGGCGACAAGAACUACCCCAAGUUCUGUCAGUGCGGAAAAGACAUAGACGAGAGGCUGCUGAGGUUCGUCGUCUUUGGCUUGAGCAACGGAGCUAUGUGUGAUUUUCCCUACGCUGCAGGCUCGGUGCAACACGACUGGCGUCUCGUGCGGACAUCGACCAAGAGGACUGGUGUAAGAUCAUGAGGUGGGCCGAUGAGGCGAUUGAAAGCUUGCUAAAGAUCCAGGAAAACCUGGUAUUCGAAGCGUCGGAUGUCGAAGACGACGAGGCCAUGUUAGGCGACGAGGCGGCCACACAAGAUGACGUCGUACUGCGGCGAGAGACAUGCAACGGCGACGAAAACUCCCUGCACUCUCGCAUGCAUCCAUUCUUCGCCGAAGGUAGUGGAGGGGGCCCGUUGCCGCAUUGCAGCAUGGGCUGGGUGAUGUUCUGCAGUGGACGAGAAAAGGGACCUGUGCGCGACAGAUCCGAAUGGGGACAAAAGGGUCAUGCACAUUUCGGUCAAACUAGGUGGGGAAGCGUCGGACCGAAGAAAGCGAGGAGAAGGCGACGCCCUUUUUCUGGUGCAGGCAGUGAGAUGCAGUACAUCCCCGGUGAUGCGCUAGGGAUAUGGCCGCUCAAUCCAUCCGAAGAGGUGGACCAGAUUCUUACGAGCUGUCGGCUUACUGGAGACGAGCUCGUGCAGGUGCGUAAGAGUCCGCCCACCUUGCAUUCGUGGGUCUGUGCUUCUUCCGGACGACUGUCAGCUUCCAAAGUCAUACGAGAAGAGGAUACCUCGUGGGCAAGGCCUACUUGAACUCACACGACAAAGCGGUGGCGGCCGGACAAGCGAUAUGCAGUCUAGUACAAAACUAAGGCUCCGCGACGCCCUCAUGACUGUUUGCGAUGUGAGGACCGUCACGGCCGCCUUCCAAAGAAAAGCCAACUUUGGUCGACAACUUCACCUGGUUGAGGCAUUAGAGGUAAGGGAAUCGCAGCCCUGCAACGUUGUUUUCGCGACUGCUUACGUCAUCAGGUACUUCAAAGCACUGGCUGGUCCUGCUCCGCACAAGAGCUAAUAAGUAAGGGCGUAACGGACUCAACCGCAGCUCGCCCUUGACUUCAUGUCAUUCUAGACAGCCUCAGGCCGCAAAAGCCUCGGCUGUACUCGAUCAGUUCAUCCCCUCAUCAUGGCCCGAGGUGCUCAGUGUGCGUUGCUGUCCUUAAAUACUGGGUGGCCGGAAGAUGCUGGAAAGGCAAGCGCUCUUACAGAACGCAUUCCGCCAAUUGUUCUCCUCGUUCCUUCACAAUGACAUGCAAAAAUUGUUGGUGCAGGCGUUACAACAGGGUGGUUGGAGAGAGACAUCGUUCCCGGGAGCCGUCUUCCGGUUUUCAUCCAGCAGAACGAGUCUUUCCGCUUGCCUCCGCGCUUUGAAAAACCGACCAUUAUGAUCGGGCCAGGAACGGGAAUCGCUCCCUUUAGGGCUUUUAUCCAAGAACAAGAAAGAAGACGGGACGCCGAGACCGCAUCGCCGUCUCAGCCAUCGAAGCACGUCCUCUUUUUUGGAUGUAGGAAAAGGUGAAACGGCGAACCCUGAGGUCACUUAGAUUCAAUUGCACUUCGUUUGUCAGGGACGAAGACUUUCUCUACGCGGAUGAGCUCGGAGCAUGGGACAAGAGCGGUAUUAUUCAGUUGCAUGUCGCUUUUUCGCGAGAAACGGUGGGCACUCCGACGACGAACGUUCUCUGAACGGCCUUGCAGCUGCAGAAUGGAACUAUCGUUUCGUUUGUCCAGGGAAGCAAAGUUUACGUUCAACACUUGCUACAGCGCCAUUCAGAUUUUCUUUGGAGACUGCUUGAGGUAAGAUUUCCCUAGAGUUCAGAUGUUUUGGAUAUCUAGCGUCGCGUCCUUCGUAGGAGGGGGCGCACAUAUACGUGUGUGGAGACGCGUCUAUGAUGGCACGAGACGUCCAUGAGACUCUUCAGCGGGUGCGGCGGCGUCAGGAAAGAAAAGCAUGCAUCUAAUAUUUGCAGAUAAGGCCUUGUUUAUGCAGAUAAUUGCCGACAAGGAGUCGUGCAGCAUUUCGGCGGCUGAAUCGCAGCUGCAGGUAAAAGAAAAAGAGAUGCGGAAGAGGAGAAUUGCGCUUUCUUUUCUCCGCUGUAUUUAGGAGUGGAUGUCUCGCGGGCGCUAUCAACGCGAUAUUUGGUCUUGAAAUCAUUUCGAGUAAAACUUGGCGAGAGAAUAGCCGUCGAAUACAUUCAAAGAGAAACAGAAAAGGGAGCCAGUUCCCUAGAUGCAGAGACACGCUGUCAGGCUUGCGACAGAAAUGUCUGCUACGAAACAUUUAGCUCACGAACUUUGACAAAUGAACAUUGAACGACUGGGAGAGGUGCAGAAAUUGCCUUCCUGCAUUCCUUUCUUCUCAUGUAUACUAAAUCGGAUAUCUCC